AUGAUUGCGGCCGACUUUACGCUAGCGCUUGUCGCCGUGGUGAUCGUCUUCUUGAUCGUAUAUGUGCACGUCAGCUCCAGCUUCCUGGCCUGUGUUACGAUGUAUCAGAUCAUUCUGUCGCUUCCCGUAGGCGCCCUGUUCUACCGCCACGUGUUCAUGAUAGAUUUCUUCGACUUCCUUCAUAUCUUGGUCGUCUAUCUCGUCCUCGGCAUCGGGGCGGACGACGUGUUCGUGCUCGUCGACACGUUCCGCCACCUGUCGAGUGAGCUUCUUCCGGCGGACAGCGUCGUCCACAGCGACCUGGAACUUGCCACGGUGUUACAGUCCACCCUCGUUCGCAGCGGCCAGGCCAUAUUCAGCACGUCCUUCACCACCACCGUGGCGUUCCUCUCGCAGUCGGUGUCCGGCAUCAUGCCCCUGAGGACGUGUGGCUACUACGCCGCGAUUUGCAUCACCAUGAACUACGUCUUCACCAUGCUCUUCACGCCCUCGGCCCUGAUCAUCUAUUAUAAGCGCUUGGAGGGCAAGAGAUGCUGCUGUCCCUGGCCUACGCUGCGCCAGGAGCCGCGCCCGGGAGAUGAGAGAGUCGGCCGCCGCUCCAACCCUUUGGCCGGAGAUGGGUUCAUCCAGUGGUUCUUGGAAGCCAUCUACAUUCCAGCGAUGCGCAAGCAGGUUUGCGGCGUCCGCGUCUGCGCCCUGGGCGUCGUCGCAGUCAUGACAGCAACGGCAGUCCAGGGCUUCUACUUCACGCUGCAGCUGGAGCCGCCGGUCAAGGCGGAGAUCUGGGUCCCCAAGGACCACAUGCACUGGGGCAUCUCGGAGUUCUGGUCCAGUCACUUCUACGAGGGGGACUACGAGGGGUACUCUGUCAUCACCUUCACGUGGGGUAUCGAAGGAGCAGACACAGCCGGCUUCGACCAGUACAGGCCAAGCAAGAACCCCCCAAGGGCCCAAUUCGACCCAUCGUUCGACCUCACCACAGCCGAGGCACAGGCCGAAAUCCUCGACGUGUGCGCAGAGAUGCAGACCCUGGCGUGCGAGCUGGAGGGCUGCAAGGGCUACGGCGAUACACUGAUGAUGAGUUCCACCUCCAAGGCGUACUCCUGUUUCCUCGAAGACAUGCAGCAGUACCGGGUGGACGUCAUGGGCAGGCCGUCGAGCGAGCCUCUGCCGACAGGGGACGAUUUUCUGGCAGAGCUCCAGCAGUUCGUCCAGGCAGACCCGUGGAGCCAGUACUCCUCGAAGCUGUGCCGAGCAGACUACGCCUACGACGUGGGGAUCAUCGACGGGCAGCUGAAGUACGUCUCCGUGAAGCUGCGGUCGCGCCUGGCCCUCUCUACGCCGUAUUUUGCGGGCAUAGAGGUCCGCGACAUGAUCCAGGAUUUCGUGCAGGGUAGGCGGAGCGGCGCGCCAAGCGGACUGAAGAGCAUGAGCUUCAACGCCGGCGGUAUGUUUUCUUUGUACGAUUCCGCUGCUGAAUUGGUGAUGGCUCUAUUCAGCGGCAUCUCCAUCGCGUUUCCGCUUGCUUUUGUCGCGCUGUUGGUUUCAACCCGCAACUUGAUCGUCUCCGUUUACGCUGUGACUUGCGUUGGCGGCGUAGUGGCUUGCGUCCUCGGCUUCUGCAAGAGCGCCAUGGGCUGGGGCCUCGGCAUCGCCGAGGCAGUUGCGGGCGUCAUUGUUAUCGGCUACUCGGUGGACUACGUGGUUCACCUUGCCCACGUCUACUGCGAGGCUGCCAAGCAGGGGCAUCAAACCAGAGAUGCUCGAGCCACCUUCGCGGUGCGAAACAUGGGCUCCACUAUCUAUGCUGGCGCGGUGACCACGGCUGGGUCUUCGGCGGUCAUGCUCUUCUGCUAUCCGG